AUGGCCCUGUCGGUGGUAUUGUUCUCCCACAGCCUUCCCACUGCUCUGAACCAGCAGGAUGAAGUUGCCAUUAUAAAGCUUGAGCAGUAUGGAUCACGAGAAUGUACUCCUAUAAUAGACGUACAUUCUGAUACAUCUUCUGAAACCAACACACCUACCCUGCUAAAGAUGCUCGGAUCGUCAAGCUCAUCAUCUUCUGAGAGUUAUGAUUUUCGUUUUGAGAUGGGUGAUACAGAUGAGGUGGUUGAAGUGAAAGAGGAGGUCGAGUUGGAAGAGGUGAUCCAAGUGAUAGAAUAUGAAGAGGAAGAGGAGGACCAGAGGGAAGAGGUGGAUGAGAUGGAUGAAGUGGAAAGAGAGGAUGAAGAGGAAGAUUAUCAGAUGGACCAGAUGGAAGAGGUGGUGCAGGAGAGCCCCUCAUCCUCCACUAUGCCUGCUGACAGCAGUGCUGAGCUGCCGUUGAAAUUUAAAUUAUACAUCAAGAGACGUGAGCUACAACUUGCAAAGAAGUUUAAGAAGCAACUGGAAGAGAAGACUGAAAUACUGCAGGCUGGUCUCAGACUCCAGCAAGAGAACAUGAACAUGAUGAAGGAGCAGCUUAAGAACCUGCACAAUUCCAAGUUGCAGGCUGCAGGAGCUGAGAAGGGCCCAGCAGGGCUCUGGCAGUGGCAGACGCUGGUAGCCCCAGUAUGCUGCCCUGACAAUCUUGAGUCCCAGCCUUCGGAGCCACUGUUCAAGAAACAACGCACUGAGGAGAUGACAGUGAAGACGCUCCUCCCGGAUCUUACUGUGACCAGAUAUUUCCAAAGUUCAUGUUCAUCUACCCCUUCGAAAUUUCCUGAGGAGCUUGGGAAGACUUGCAGUGUCUCCACCCAGACCCAGCCUCGCGUUCCUCUCGAAUUAGUCGUUGAGAACGAGCCCUCUGGCUGCUGUAAAGAGGAAAACCUUGAUGUCCAGAAAGAUGAAAGUUUUUGUCCUGAGGACCAGCAGGAGUUCUCCAUUAAUCCACUGCCACUAGCAAAUGACCCAAACGUGGAGACAACUUCUGCCAACUUUUCUCAACCUCCUAUCGCUUCUGACUCAAAUGGAGUCACGCUGGAGACCCCCCAGGAUUUUAUCCAAAUCUGGGAACAGUCAUCGACUUCACCGAAUUGCCUCUUUCUGAAACAGGUGGUAGUUCCGGAGGCAGGAGCCCAGGAACCGUCAGGUGCACAAGCUGUCCAGGACCCCGCUGAAUAUUCGUCAGAAAAUGUCACCUAUUUCUUGUCUGGCGAGCAGCCUGACCUGCACGAGCAGUUCAUUCAUACCAAGCCUUGA